CUUUUGAGCUAUGGUCUUUAAAAUAUAGAGAUAAUACAAAUGACAAGCAAUGAUGCGUGUGGGUUUCCCUCCCUGCCUCCCUUCACACCCAGUCCUGGUAGGGACCAUGUCCCCCGCCAUCGCACUGGCCUUCCUGCCCCUGGUGGUGACAUUGCUGGUGCGGUACCGGCACUACUUCCGACUGCUGGUGCGUAUGGUCUUGCUGCGGAGCCUCCGAGAUUGCCUUUCAGGGCUGCGGAUUGAGGAGCGGGCCUUCAGCUAUGUGCUCACCCAUGCCCUGCCUGGGGACCCCAGUCACAUCCUCACCACCCUGGACCACUGGAGCAGCCACUGCGAGUACCUGGGCCACAUGGGGCCUGUCAAAGGUCAGAUCCUGAUGCGGCUGGUGGAGGAGAGGGCCCCUGCUUCCGUGCUAGAGCUGGGCACCCACUGCGGGUACUCUACAUUGCUUAUUGCCCGUGCCCUGCCGCCCGAGGGCCGCCUUCUCACCGUGGAGUGGGACCCACGCAUGGCAGUAGUGGCUGAAAAACUCAUCCGCCUGGCUGGCUUCGACGAGCGCACGGUGGAGCUCAUUGUGAGUAGCUCAGAGGAGGUGAUCCCACGCCUACAAACCCAGUACCUGCUGAACCAGGCAGACAUGGUGCUCCUGGCACACCGGCCCCGAUGUUACCUGCGAGACCUGCAGCUGCUGGAGGCCCAUGCCCUGCUGCCAGCUGGUGCCACUGUGUUGGCUGACCACGUGCUCUUCCCGGGUGCACCUCGCUUCCUGCAGUAUGCCAAGAACUGUGGCCGCUACCGCUGCCGCCUCCACCACACUGGCCUCCCAGACUUCCCUGCUAUAAAGGAUGGCAUAGCCCAGCUCACCUAUACAGGGCCUAGCUAA